AUGGAUAUCGCAGACAGCAACAUAAGUACACGGAAGAAUGGCUGUAAUGCCUGGGAUGAUGAAUUUCAAGCUCAAGAAACAGAACGGCCUGGUGCAGAAAUGAACAGCAAGCAACCAAAUUUUGUGUGGUCGCAAGAAAGCUCGGACAACUUGGUUGCUGCGCAAGCAAACGCCAACACCCUUCCCUCGCUACCAAAUACUCGCGCACCUCCUUGCGCAACAACCUUCGACUCAUCCAUUAAUCAUCUUUUGACUCGACCUCUACCGGAGAUAGAGAUUUCAGACAGAAACAUCAUACUCGCUGAGCUCUCUAGCCUACAAUCACGAUGCGCUACACUUCAACGUCUUGUCGCAGGAGCAUCGUCCCCUGUAAAGCAGUGCCAAUGCGGUCAUGGUGCACACCAAUGUUGCGUGGCUACUGGCACUCUAGCACCUACUCUGCCGAAUCUUUCCGACGAUGAUAAUGGCUCCAAUUUGAUUGCAAGCCGACUUUAUCUGCCAGGAGAAGAGCUUGACACUGGUGAUGAUGGCGGUGCACCCGAUUUGUUCUCCCGGGGCUAUAGCAGACUUGUCCCCUCGUCUUUUGAUGUCGUCUCGACCGAGAGUGCUUUUCAGACUGAAGACUUGGUGCAACAGGACUACAAUCUAUUCAAUGCUAGUAUCUAUAAUACUAUGGAAGCUGACUUUCAGGACUUGUUCGAUUUCUCUGCAGCCUCGAUUCAAUCCCCUCAACAGGUCGAUGGCGCAUCGGCUCUCAAUACUACUACCACCUUUGCAGGCGGUGCCCACAACGCCGCUACAAUCUCCAAUAUAUCUGCAACACAACCUGCCAAUGCAGUAGUCUCACGAGUAUCGAACAACAAUCAACGUCCCUACAAUUGUCCACAUCCACAAUGUACGUUGGCGUUCCGCCGCCGUGGCGAUAGAGACCACCAUGCCCUCUCUCACAAUCCCAAUGCCCCUCGAUUCUCUUGCACAUACCCUGGUUGUUCUCGAGUUGGCAGACGUGGCUUCUUGAGAAGAGAUAAAUUGGCACAGCACCAGGCUCAUAUGAACCAUUAA